AUUACACCAGAAUUAGAGAAUACUUAGAGCACAAAGUAAAUGUGUGUAUGUGUAAAUAUACGUAACAUUUAUUGUGCACUGAAAGCGCUAAGAUAUUUGAGAUCAGCUUGAGAUUCUCUUAGCAAAUUUCGAGAGAAAGUGAAUCGAAAACUCUCACACCCUAGCACUAUUCUCUUGUUAUUGAUUUUAAUGCCGGCCACUUUGAUUUUAGAUUGAGCACGAAGAUAGCAAUGUAGCAAUUGUGUAUUCCUCUCUGUGUGCGAGUGCAUGUUCUUUUUCAAGACGAUUCAGUAUUUCGCCAGACUUUGCGCGAUUCGGAACGGAAACGGAACACGGAGCUUCUUGCCGUACCCGGAUAUCAAUUUGAAAAGGCGCGUAAAACUUAGUGAAUUAAUUAUUCCGAAGACACCUGCCAAGUGUUUAUCAAGUGAUUCUCCGGUAAUUAUCCGGUCUGGUGAGCCAGUGCAAAAAAUAACAAGCAUUAAGUGCAUCAUUAAAAUUUGCAAUGAUUAGAUAAUGGUAGCAGUCUUAUCUGGACACUCGGCCAACGUAUUUCAGCAGCCUGCAGAGGUUCCCACCAAUAAUAGAAGCCACUAUGACCCUGACCCUUGCUAAGUUUACGGGAUAGGAUAAUCGUUUACAGUCGGUAGGCCCAAGAAAGUCCCCGACUAGAUUACUUGUGGGCCAUUCCCACACGGUUCAUCCAUUAUGUAUUUUUUUUUAACUGACACGCAUUUAUCAUGCAUCUCCUCCAGUCGUCAACUAAUGCAAACUUGGGACACUUACAUAUUCCAAUUACAACACUCUCCGAUUUUCAAGACAACUGACAUGCCACAAUUUAUCUCAAUUGACAAAGAUUGGUUUGCAUGCAUGCAAGUACAUUUUAUAGGAACUAUUCACAAUGAAUGAUGAUUAUUUUCUUUAAUUAGUAAGAUGAAACAGGCAAUUCAUCGUUUAUUUAUGCUGGUUUAAAUCGUAUAAAUGGUUAUAGACCAGGCCAUCAUGGGCCAAAAAAAUGAGUGUCCAAAAUAUCUGUUAGACUACCUUGUAAAUAAACGGAGACUUACAAUAAUGCAUUUCAGACAGGGUUUUGAAAGAUUUAAAGAUAUUAUAAAAAGUAAAUCGUGGACUUUUCUGAACUUUACUUAUUUAGGUAAUUAUAUUUCUCAUCUUGAUCUAUAAGGAUAUACAUACAUAUAUUUACAAAAACAUAUUCAACAUUAAAAUAUUACAAAAUAAACCAUUGAUUUCGACCUCAACAUAUCAAGGAGUCCUUCCUUUGCUAAUACCUACUAAGACCGGAAUUACGAAUACUGGGAACAUUUAACAUUUGCUGACGAAUGAAAAUUUAAUAAAACCUACGUUGAAGUAUGGAGGCGGUUUCGUACUAGUUUUCGGUUGUACUCAGGACGAGGAGUGAGAAAUUUGUAUGUAUGAUUUUUUAUAUGGAAUAAUACAUAAAUGCUGUAUGUAUUUGAAUACACUGAAUGGAAAAUCUCCAUUCCAGUGCUGCUUAAUUAGGUCUAGAAACCGAUUUGGCUGGAUUACAACACGAAACAAGUCCAAGCGCAUCCGCAGAGCCGGUCAACCCCAUCUUAAAUUUGGGGAUCCACGAAUUCCGGGAAGAUACAAUUUCGUGGAAAAUGAAUAUCAAAAAGGGUAAUCGCAGGUCUACUGAUUUAGAAUCCGUGGAUUUCAAAUCGCUAGCCAAACUUUCUUGGUAUGUCUGUUCCGGCGGCAGCUGCGGCGUCUACUGUCCUGGACUUUGAUGACAUCCUCACCGAAAUUGGAGAAUUUGGUCGCUUUCAGCGGCGAAACUAUCUGCUCAUAUGUCUACCGGUUCUUUUCGCAGCAGCCAAUAGCCUCUCGUAUGUUUUCACGGCAGGAUCCCCAACCUAUCGAUGCUAUGUGCCCGAGUGCGAUAAUCCAGAUGACCCGGACUAUGGAGCAGAUUGGGUAUCGAUCGCCGAGCCCGGUAGCUGGAGCAAACUUGGUCAUUUCACACCGGCCACAUGCGACAGGUUCAUGUCGAACGUAAGCAAGUCUGAUACCGAAUCAGAAGCUAGGAGAUCGUGGCCUUUGGAUGAAUGCUCCGCUGAGGAUUUCACAGCGGACACAGAGCGAUGCCGGUUGUUUGUGUACGGCAGUUCGGAGCGGACCAUUUUGCAGCAGUGGGGACUGCAAUGCCAGGAGAAUCUGUGGAAACUGGCUUUCGUGGGCACCAUGCACUUCGCUGGCUUGGUAUUGGGAACAGCUCUUUCCGGAUACCUGGCCGACCGAUAUGGACGAAAGCACGUCUUCCUGUUCUGCAUUGUGUUCAUGGCGUUGACGGGAGUGGCGCAGGCGCUGUCCUGGGAUUAUGUCAGUUUCUUGGUCUUCGCUCUAUUGAAUGCGGUUGGCACAUCAGGCGUUUACCCCUUGGCCUUUAUUAUUGGGGUAGAGAUGGUGGGACCGAGAAAGCGUGAGAUGUCCUCCAUUGUGCUCAACUAUUUCUACGCAGUGGGUGAAGCCCUUCUUGGCCUGUCUGUUUUCCUACCCGAUUGGCGCCAACUGCAGAUGGCUCUCUCGAUUCCACCACUCAUCUGCGUGGGCUACUUUUGGAUGGUGCCGGAAUCUGUUCGAUGGUUGCUUGCCCGUAACCGGCGGGAGCAGGCAGGCUCCAUCAUCCGUCGGGCGGCAAAGGUCAACCGGCGGGAUAUAUCGAUUGAGUUGAUGGCCAGCUUCAAGCAGCAGGAGUUGGAGGCGGAAGCAAGUCCGCAACAUGGGAACGAAGGUGUCCUGGUCGAAAGGAAGGAUGACAAGAUCUGGUUGGCCAUCAAACAGGUAGUUGGCUCUCACACAUUAAUAGUCAGAUACGCCAUUUUGCUGCUCAUUUGGGCUGUCAAUGCCAUCGUUUACUAUGGACUUUCGUUGAACGCGACCAGUUUAAGUGGCAACAAGUAUCUCAAUUUCGCCCUGGUCUGCCUGGUGGAGAUUCCUGGCUACAGCCUCGCCUGGCUGUUCCUUAGAAGGCUGGGUCGACGUCUGGCCCUUUCCGGCUCGCUGUUCCUAUGCUCUAUUACGUGUGUAGCCAGUGGUUUUGUCACCCUCGCUGGGCAUCACAUCUUCCUUUGCCGUCAUCUACACCUUCACCGCGGAAAUGAUGCCAACGGUUAUUCGAAGUGGCGGCGUCGGUGUUAUGUCCACUUUUGCCCGCUUUGGGGCGAUGCUAGCUCCUUUCGUGCCCCUUUUGGCUUCAUACUACGAACCUCUACCUCUCCUUCUAUUCGGGACCUUAUCGCUGGUAGCUGGACUCUUAUCGCUGUUACUGCCCGAAACCUUCAAUCGUAAGCUGCCGGAUACGGUGGAUGAGGCCAUUGCUUUGGGGAAACGAUAACAACUUUGCAGAUACAAAUUCUGUAAAGCUAAUUCUUAUUUGAAUGAUAAUAUUGACCAUCGAUAUUUUAUA